AUGUUCGACAAGUACACGUAUGUUCAACGCCACUAUGUAGAAACGUAUAAAAACGAGGAGACAAGUAAAUUUGAUGGCGUCGCAAAAGAACACGCCUCUCAACUUGCUGAACGUAAUGCACGUGCGUUCUUCAAUCAAAAGGACUGGACAAAAAGAGAUUGGGACUGGGUUUCAGGCGUCGCUGAGGUCAAUAACCCAAUGUUUGCAAGACUCCGACUGAUAGCCGCAGAGAAGACCAAGACUACCAUGUACACGCCUCUUCAGCUGUGGAACGAUCACAAGGGUUACCGUAUCCUACAACCGGAAGUACUGGCCGUUGACGAAACACAAAACAUCGGUGUCAUUGUGCCGGACGAGAUCACUGUCAACAACAAGCAUGACACUCAGUAA